CAUGACAAAGAGCCCGGAGGAGCGGGCCCGGCGAAGGCCGCGGUCCCGGGCCGGGAAUGGCCGGCUAUAAAGGGCUGUCUGCGCCCCGCGGCCCGCUCAGCUCGGCGCUGAGAGCUGCCCCGGGUGCGGGUGACAUCUGCCGGGAGGGGGGACCCGCCCGUCCCGCUGCUCCCCAUGUACCAGGCGUGCCCCGGCGGGGCUGCCCUGGGCUACCUGGAGCUGCACUGGGGCGAGCCAAGGCCAGCGCCCACAGCGGCCGGGCCCGCGGCCGGCGCGGCGGCCGGGCCGUGUCCGGAGGCGGCGGCGAGGAGGCACACAGCAGAAGUAUCCCCAGCUUCAUCCAGUUCUGGGAAUUUCAGCCAAUUCACACCAGAUUCAGCCACCAGUCCACAUUCGUCACCCUCGUCCCCACAGCCUACAGCUAAGUGUCAGAAGGGCAGAGAAUAUGGCGUGGAGGGGAUGAGGAAGACCAAGAGCCGUACAGCUUUCUCCAAGGAGCAGCUGCAAACCCUGCACCAGCGCUUCCAGAGCCAGAAGUACCUCAGCCCCCAGCAGAUCCGGGAGCUGGCUGUGGCCCUGGGACUCACCUACAAGCAGGUGAAGACUUGGUUCCAGAACCGGAGGAUGAAGCUGAAAAGGUGCCAGAAGCACAGCCUGUGGAGUGAACGGGCUCAGUGCCUCACACAAAGUGGCUUCCAGACCGGUACUUACCUGGAUGUGCACCCCAAAUUCCACCAGGGCUACCCCAUCACCACAGCUGGCAACAUCCAAACCAUGCCUGCCCCCUGUCAGCACUAUGGAGCAGGGCAGAACGCCUACACAAUCGUGACCAGCGAGGAUGGAGGAGUCUUUGGCAAAGGCGGGGGGACCUGCAGCGUCCAGCAGACAGUGGGCUUCAUUGCCCAGCACAAAGUAGACUUUUACCACAGCUACCCUGGCAGUAUGGAAUAUCCAGGCUCAAAGACAGGUGAUGGCUGUAAUUUUCACCACUCAGCCACUAUGGGGGCUCCUUUCCCAACCACUGCCAGCCAUCAUCUUUAUCAUUCCUAAGCACUGUGGAUGUGAGGUACUUGGUCAGCCAGAAAUAAAAUCUUCACAUCUCUCCCUUUGUUAUUAGUGUGCUGUCCACCUCAGGGAUACCUUGUAGCUAGAACCUGUUUUGGCAUCCAGAUGUGUGCCUGCAGACACGCAGCCAUGCAGAGACCCAUUUGUCCAGACACAGAGCCCUUCAUUUCUGUGCCCGUAUAUGAGCACACACAUAUUCCUUCCUUGAUUGGCACAGACAACAAGCUCCCUUAUAGCAAAGCCCAAGAUAUGGCUACCCAGGUUAUGCCCUGCAUCUUCUUAAUUAUGGAUCUUACAACUUGUCUAAGGGGAAAGCAUAGAGUCCUUUGGGGAUCUCAUGUCUAUGUAUACAGUUGUGUGUGCAUAACACAUGAAUCCAGGGGCUGUAUGGAGAGGUGCUUGUCACGUACCUUUAACUGAAGUUGGGGAAGUUAUUGUCACGUGCCCGUUAUCCAUCUGAAGUGUAAACCAUCACUUGUGUAUAUCAGCCUUGAGGUGAAGUGAUGAAGUGUCUAAUGAAGGACAUGUGACAAGUAGCUUGCAGAAAGACUGGUAAGAUGAUCUUAUAAGCCCUUCCUUCUAGUCUGUAUCUUUCUGUGCCUCCCCUUCAGAAAACCUAACAGUGUGUAUUGUCAAAUAAAAAAGAGUAUUUUUUAAGACGC